GUAGUCCAGCUGCGGCCCGGCGCGCCCCCCCUGGACCUAGCCACCCCUGAACAAACCCUUUUAGUCGCCGGGGAUAAAAGAGGGCGAGGAAGGCGGCCGUGGCAAAGAGAGGCGGUUCGGUUAUCCCCGCGGCUCGCGCGGCCUACCUACCUGCUGGAAGCGCCCCUCGCAGUAGGCGUGCGCCUGAGGGACGUGGAAGGCCUCGUCCAUGUAGGGCGAGCGUUGCUGUCGGUUGAGCGCCGAGAAGAGCAGGCACGAGGCGAGGAAGGCGCAGCUGAGCGCCGCCGAGAAGUAGUAGGCCUCGGAGCGCUCCAUUGCUGGCGCCGGGGGUCGGGAGGGGAACCGGGCAAGAAACGCGAAGCCCGCCUCAGGAGAAGGCGAGCCCGGUAAGCCUGAGGCGCUGCUGCCUCGCGCGGCCGCCCAACCCCCGGCUCGGCGUUGUCCUCUCAGGCGGGGGAAGCCGCUGCUUCAAGCCGAGCCUUGCGGGGAAGGGGCUGCCGGGGACCCUCUCCGCCCCUCCUCCGAGAGCCAGGCCGGGCGCUUGGCGAAUAUCUCCCUUUUUUUCUAAGCUCGCCUUGAAAGGCUGUGUGUGUGUGUGUGUGUGUGUGUGUUAUUGCCACACUUUGUGCAACGGCUUCCGUGUCGCGUGUGAGCUUUGAAAAAUAAUAUUUUUAAAAAAUACUUUUCAAGUUUACGCAUUUCACCCAUUUUUAUACCUUUCACUCAUUUUACAAUCCUUUCUUUUUAAAAAAUUAUUUAUACUUUCAAGGUUAUACAUUUCACCAGCUUUAUACAUUUCACUCAUUUUACAGUCCUUUUGACAUUUCAAAACUUGGACUUCUUUCCCCCUCUUUCUGCGGCUCCAUAACUUUAUUUUUAAUAUCUUCCGUGUAUUGCAAAUUAACUCAAUGUGCUCAUUUAUUCAUCUUCUUUAAAUAUAUACCCUUAUGAAACAGCAGGUUGUUACAGUAAUCCUGCCAAAUGUUUUUAUCUGUUACCCAGUCAGAUGGAUGGGGUAUAAAUAAUAAAAAUUAUUAUUAUUAGUCUGUAAAUAUUCAGUAAAGCAUUUCCAUUCUUUUAUUUUUUUAAAAAAAUGUUAUCUCGAUUUCUUAUUCUUCCGGUAAGUUUUACCCCAUUUCUGCAUAUUCCAUAAGUUUUUGUAUCCAUUUUUCCUUUGCUGGGACUUGUCACAUGUGAGCUCCCUGUGUGCAGAUUGCAGACCCUCCUGAUAUAGGCAAAAAUAGGGGUGGUUGGCUUUUGCUCCCCAACUCCCCAGGGACCCCUAAGUCCAGGAUCGGUCAGAGAUGAAUGGAUGGAGGCAGGAUCCAGUGGAAACCAAGGCGGAUGUAGCAAGGAGGCGAAAGAGACCCAGAACGUUUCUUUUCAGGGUUUGCAUUUUGGCUGGAGAAGAAGGACAUCCCCUCUACAAACAGUCAGAAAUUACAUCCCACCCAAGGUGGGGUUACUGUGGCAAAUCCUCAGGAUUUGGCAAGUUUUACAUAGUUCCAGUUUACACAAAAACAUUAGCAUUUGAUAAAACCAUCAGGAGGCCUGUCAGGCAUCCCUCAAUCUGGGCAAACAAUGACAAUUACUACAAAGGAGGUUCAUAGAUAUAGGAGAUGAAUCCCUUCAGGAACUUCCCCUGAUGGCUAUCUGCUUACCUGUUCUCAGUUAAGGGGGAUUAAAGAGGCAGAGGAAAUAUUUGCAGUCUUUAGGAGAGCCAAGAUGGCUUUUGGAUUGCCCUCCUGUACUAUUUUAGACACAUGGUUCGUAUACUUAUGUAUGUGUGUUUACCUUGUGCAUUCAUCAACAUUUAUUCUAUAUUUGAGAUCUUAGCAUUCCUAUAGCACUCCCAAAGGUUCCUGUUUUCAAGGGAUUUACAGAAGCCAUCACACUUUUCAAUUUGAACUUUGAAUGCCCCACUUUUCCUUACGACAUCCCUAAGGAGGUUUGAGAGCGAACAUCCUUUUCCUGUCGUCAGCCAGCCAGUGACUUUAAUCAGAGGUAGACUGUCCCUGAAUAUUGAGGUUCUAUGCAUUUUGAUCUGAUGUGCGGGGGCGGGGGGAGUUGCAGAAAUUGUUAAAUGCCAGAAUAUUAACAAGGGUCUAAAUUUGAGGCCCCCUGUGAGGCCACAGCCCAAAAGACCCUUCUGUCCCACCCCUUGGCUGUGCACACAUAUGUAGUAGAAAUAUAAUUGUCUAUUAAGAUCUUAUUUUGUUGUUUUUGCUUAUCUGCUUCUGCACAGGACCAACGGUGACUCACUGAUCCUACGCACAGGAUCAUCUCGGAAAAAUUAAUUGGAUCACUAGUGCUAAAGGUAUUCAUUUAUGGAAUUUAUUUAAAAAGUGACCCCAUUGACAGCAAAGAUUGCCCAUUAAUAGCAAAGAUUGCAUCAGAAUCAUCCCUUUGUCAAGUGAAAAGUUCAAAAACACAUUUGGAAACAUUUUUUAAGCUUACUGAUGGGGGUGGGUGAGAGAGAGAGAGAGGGCGGGAGGAGCAUAUUUCAUUUGACCCAUCACUCCUGAACGCUCUUUCCAUAAUGCGUGUCUCUUAUUCUAAGCAAUAACAUUUCUACGGAAUUUUGUAGAUUUUUUAAAAAAGAAACACUAUGCACCAGUUCACUCUGUGAACAGACGCUGUCCAGCACAAAAGUCCCUGCACAUUGCAGAGAACUCGGGGGGGUGGGGUGGAUCUGCUGUCACUUUGUGUAUGGUUUGGAAAAGAAAAAAAGCAGUGAUAACAACUUAGGCUGCCUUUUGCAAAAACACAGUAUGGCUGUUGGAAUCCAGCUUCUGUAGGGUUUUCCAGAGAAUGGGUCAACGACAACUCCAGAUAAUGACUGGCUGAGCCAAAAUGUAUAAACACUGAAAUGCAACGUGUUUUUAAAUGCUGGUUUGGCCGUGAAAGUCAUGUAUGUAUUGUACUUCUGCACAAUGAGAGGGUACGAGUCUUACAUUGUUGUUUAAAGCAGAAAAGCUCAAUAUAACUAUAAAAAUUAGUAUGAGCGAUAUUCCCAAAGCUGAUGCACGUCUUGCAUUUUUGCACUGUGUCUUUGUCGAAGAAUGACAGGCCACAUAAACCCUUUAUACUUACAAGAUCAGACUGCUUAAAUCAGAAUAAAUUUAGAGCAUAAACUUUUCAAAGUAGUUCGGUUUUUCCAGCUGCUGACAUGGAACACGGUCACUAGGCCAAGUUCAUACUAAUCUUGUGCAGACUUGACAACUUUUGAAACGUCUCUGGAAUGUAGCCUUAAGCUUAAUUAAGUAAAACUACUAGGCAAAGAGCAAACACAAAAGUAUCAACAAUACCCAUUGGUCACUUUUUAUAAAUGUUCCAGAGCUGACUGAUUCAGAAGCAGCAUACUGCUGUGUUGCAAGAUGCAGUGUUUAACACAUCGUCUGGAACUGUUUCCUGACUGCCUUGUUACUCUUAUCCUGUUUAAUGAUGUGAAAAAUGCUGCCACGCUAAGAAAAAAAGCAAUGGAAGGAGCUAUUGAUGGAGCAUUAAUUAAUCCUGCAAUGGUGAGCAAAUAAUUUUUUUGUGUAUUCAUUACUUUGGUACCGUAAGGUUUGCAAAUCUCACAGAGCUAUUGCAAUCCUGCCUGUGUGAAAUUCUGAGUUUCAGGAGCUGUAUUAGAUUUGAAGGAGAAGGCAAUAGAUUGCUAUUCAGGUAGGAGCAGGUCAGCGAGAAUGUUAACUGUGCCCAGUUGGACAAAGGUACAGAUUUUUCAGGAAACUUGUGAAAGGUUGUAUGAGAGAAGGGAUGGAACAUUUACCGGGGCGCUCUGCCCUUUCUGUAGCAACUUUCCUGAGUCCAAGAAACAUCGUGCUUUGCAGAACACAAAGUAAAAUGAAAGGGGACUUUAAUGGGUGUGUUCGUUCUCUACCCAUCCUUGGUUCAAGCCAACCGUGUUUGAUCUCUAUGGCUCCCUCUGUCUCCCAGAUGUCUUUGCAGGGAACUGCUGUGCUGGCAUGGCUAGUGAGUAGAGCAGACAAAUGAGGAAAUACUGGAUAUGCUUUGAUGCUGAUGGCUGCUUGAAAGUGGCCCAAAACCACUGUUUGAGAAGCACUGCCCUACUGGCUGUAUUUUUGCUUCUUAUUUGGACUUUGGUUUAUUUGUCCUCAUAUUAAACCAUUUUGAAUAUGCUAGAUCAGUUUCUCAUUUUUUAAAAAAACUGCAAAAUAGAAAUUUCACAUCUGGGUGAGAGAAGAGCUUUAGAAAAGUUUUCACUUUCCUCAGGUUUUCAAAAUGUUUAUCCACAUUUUCUCACGAUUUUUUCUUCUUUGUUUCUUCUCGUUAUACUGCUAUACUCUCUGCAAAAGGCUUUUUUCUGAUUCUUUACAAGAUAGUGAGAGCUGUAUUAAUAGGAUUCCAGUUUCCCCUGGUAGAAAUGUGAUGUGUGAAUUUAAUUUUCAUUUAAAUAUCUACUUGUACUUGUGAUAGGAAUUUUAUGGUUUUAGAUAUAUGGGAACCUAUGUAAGGACUCUAUAUGGGCUCUUGGAUACCCAAUAAGGGAAAAGGGCAUAUUUUUAUUUACAACAUACUGUUACUACUGUAUGUUUAGACCUCAGACAUGGUUUUAGUGAUAGACCAAAGUUAUUUACAAUGUGUGGAAUUGCCCCCCCUCCUUCUCCUUGUUUCAACAUUUAAUUGAUGGCAUAACAGGCUCUUUGCCAUUUCUAAAGUAUAUUUUUCCUUGUUGAGCUAAGGAAAGCAGUGGGUCUAUUUUGAGGCCUAUCCCUGGAAACCAAACUUUAUUCUGUAUUUUUUGGCAGAUUGUUGAUCCAUUUCAGUUACUCGUGGCAACGAAUAAAGCUGUACAUCUCCACAAGAUCGAUAAAAUGAAGACAAGAACUCUUAACGCUGAAAUAAUAUUCAACCUUUCCCCGAACAACAAUGUAAGAUGGCGUCCUACAGCAUGCUCUGAUUUUUUUUUCUUUUUUUGCAAUAAGAGCCCUGCCAGAUCAAGCCAAAAGGCCCAUCUAGUCCAGUAUUCUGGCCUCAUAGUGGCCAAACAGGUGCCUACGGGAAGAAUUUGAGCAGGACCUCCUGACUCAAAUGAAUUUGAGCAGGACCUCCUGACUCCUAACAGUGAAAUAAGAUUUGCUUGUCCCCGAAGAAGGCUGCUAAUUGAAAGGUGUUAUGUGUAUUAUUCACCACACAAAAUAUUUCCUGACCAUCAGUUUGCCUGCACACAUACCCUCUUAUUAAGCCACCCUCGUCUCUGCAAGACUGAAACAAGGUCUUAACAAAGCAUUCAGUCUUAGGCUUCACAACUGCUGCCCUUAUACUGAGUUCAUAAAAUAUGUAAUCUGAAUACUAAUUUUAUGGAUACUAAUUUUUUUCGUUCCCAUUCAGGAACUGCCUCUGAUUGUCUACUAUAAUCUGCCCCUACCCCAGUAAACAAGCACUGUGGGAAACCGUGUUCUUGGUUCUCUGGCUCUUCUUUUGGCUUGGGAAUCCUCACAGAGGUCUGACCUAUAAGAAGGCAGGCUUUCCUGUACAGGCCUGGACACUAUGUGACAGCCCCAUCAACCCAGGAAAAAAUAACCCAGCCAUGUAUUUUGCCUUGUUGGCUCCCUUUCUUGUUCUUGCAGACCUGGGUGGGUAGCAAAAACACUGGAGAAUUGAGUUUCUGGUUGAUAGUAUUUUGUUUGAUUGCUUACAAGUUGUGCAGGUCUGCUCUACAGCCCACACAUGCAAUGUGUCCUGGGCUUCCUCCAGACUCUUCCUGCAGUAAUAUUAGAACAAAAACCAACCAGAGGUUAUCAUGUACAGUAUUUACACCACCAGGAUCUCAACAUACAUGUAGAAUGUGUCAACUAAGAGUCUUAGAAGUCCCAUAACCAUACAGGAAGUUUAUACCACUCUUGCCCAUCCCUUGCUUUGACACAGCUUAUCAUUCUUUAAAUCUGACAUUAAAAUCCUCUGCAUGUCCCUCAUAUAGUGACUUGAAAACACAUGAAUGAAUAUUAAACUGCCUAUGAUAAAAUAUGCCCACAUUUGUUGUAAGUAUUUAUCUUGUGAGAUAGUUAACAUUUCACUUAACAACUAAUUUAAUCUUUUCAGAGCUUUGGAACCAAAUAAAUGGGAAAAUAUGUUUUGUGAGAUGCUUUGGAUUGCUAGGAUGUGAUUGACGUACAUAAGAACACACAAUUCUGUGUUUUAGAUUUCAGAUGCCUUCAGAAAGUUUGGCAUUUCCGACAGUGACACUGCCGUACUCGUUGUUCUGGUUGAAGACCAAGAGAAAACCGUGAAUCUGGAUGAUGUAAUACGUCAAGUGGAAGGCCAGCAAGUCCCCUUAGCAGACCUCCCCAAAAUAACAGACCUACAGAAAGUUAAAAAGGUUUGUACAAGUUUGUCCCGGGUUAAGGGUUGAGAUAAGACAAAAUACAGCAUUUUCUUUGGUUUGUAAUGACAGUUUGUAAUUGUAAUUUUGCAAUUACUUUUAGUACAGAGUGGUGGGGGGGGACCUGUGACUCUCCAGAUUCCCACAGCCCCAACUAAAAGGAGUGUGGCAAUUGGGAGUUGAAAUUCAGUUUGUGGUGGGCCACAAUGUGUUAAUUUCUGAGAUAGAUGGACAUAUAGUGCAGUCUUAAGCACAUUUAUUUAGCUCACUAAAUUCAGUGGGAUUUCCACACAGCUAAGCAUGGGGGGAUCUAACCACUGAUCUAAACCACUGAGCCUCUUGGGCUUGCUGAUCAGAAGGUCGGCGGUUUGAAUCCCCGCGACAGGGUGAGCUCCCGUUGCUAGGUCCCAGCUCCCACCAAGCUAGCAGUUCAAAAGCACGCUGAAAAAGUGCAAGUAGAUAAAUAGGUAAUGGCAUUUCUGUGCACUUCUCUGGUUUCGGUGUUCCGUUGUGCCAGAAGCGGCUUAGUCAUGCUGGCCACAUGACCCGGAAAAACUGUCUGCGGAAGCGGACAAACGCCGGCUCCCUCGGCCUGUAAAGUGAGAUGAGCACCGCAACCCCAGAGUCGUCUGCAACUGAACUUAACUGUCAGGGGUCCUUUACCUUUACCUUUAGGCAUCCUUAGCAAUGCAAGCAUACCCCUACAUUUUCUUAAUCUUCUUUUGUGUCUUACAUUUUCCCCACUCUGUAUUGAGAGUUUUGACUACAAAGUACAUUAGGGUGCAGUCCCAUGGUCCCUGGAGAGGUCAUCCCAGCAGCCAUUGAUGUUGCCAUUUUUUGUGGGUGUACAGAGAGGUCCAGAAGUAGAAAAGUAGGUCCACCCCUGGAGACCCCUGGAGAUCUUCUCAAUUCAGCCAUGGAGACCUCUGAAGCCAUCCCUCCUCCCCUGUUGGUGCUGGGGGGACAGAGAGAGAGAGAAGGAGCAAGUUGGGGCUGAACCAAGGGAGAUUUUUGAUUCAUAGAAUCAAAGUCACCCCAUUCCCCUAAGAAGGGUGUGAAAAAAUAUGACAGCCUUGGAGCUGCCAUACUUACCGUAUUUUUCGCCCUAUAGGACGCACUGGCCCAUAGGACGCACCUAGUUUUUUUUGGGGGGGGGACAAAGGGAAAAAAAUUAUUCCCCCCCCCCCAGCUGCGGCAUCAGCCCGCCCCGCGCUCCGGGCAGCAGGCUGCUAUCCGCAGCCUAGGCUUCCCAGGCUUGCUGAUAGCUUCCUGAAGCCUGGAGAGCAAGAGGGGUCAGUGUGCACCGACCCCUCUCGCUCUCCAAGCUUCAGCGAAAGCCUGCAUUCGCCCCAUAGGACGCACACAGAUUUCCCCUUCGUUUUUGGAGGGGAAAAAGUGUGUCCUAUAGGGCGAAAAAUACGGUAUUUCCGUUCUAGCUGUCUCCUCCCCAGCUUUGAUUCCUGCAUUGCAGGGGAUCGGACUAGAUGACCCUCAUGGUCCCUUCCAACUCUACAACUCUUAAGAUUUUAUUAUUUGCUCUAGCAGGGCAUUGGAAGUUAUAGCAGCUAUGCUUUGGAUUCUCCCUUCUGCCUGCCAUAGGAUUGCUGUGCCCAUUUUUUCAACUUGACCUAUAAAGCUGGACAACCUUUUGCUCCUCCGGAAAGUGACUAUUCCAUUUUCUUUGCAGUUGUACAAGCUAACCCCACAGGAAGAAAAAAUAGGCACGCUGCUGGAUGGCAUCAUUUGUAGAAUGGCAACUAAAGAUGUUUCAUGAAAAAAAAAGUUAGGACAUUGAAACAGUUUUAGCCUGAAACAAAUGUUUAUUUCAGUUUUUCUGUUUGGUCGAACCAGUGUUAAAAUGCCCUGAAGUCUAACUCUUAUUUUGUUUGAAAACGGAAGCUGUCACAAUUUUAUUACAAACAUGGAAGAAUGUUUGGGUAUUUUGAUUAUUUUAUAAUCAAGAAGUAAAAGUUUAUUGUUCACUGUAUUUUUGCAUACUGCCCUUCUGGCAAUGUACGCCAGGCGGUGCACAAUUUAAAUGACUAAAAGAGAGAGGGAGUAAAAGAUACAAAAAGCAAAACAAUAAAAUGACAGCAUUUUCUUGGGUUA